GGCAGAAGAAACAGAAGCUUAAAUACACGGGCCAACAGGUUCGAGAAUAGCUUCUUUUUUGCUGUCAUUAGAAAGAGGAAUAGAUCUCUCUAAUUUCACUCGAAUGACGACCUUGCUUUGUACACCUUCUCUGCAGCCUUAACCUGGGAUGGCUCACUCUGUCUAAGCAGCCUAUGAUCUGCGUGUUUCAGAGAUAGCAGGAACUGCAGAUGCUGGAGAAUCUGAGGUAACAAGGAUGAACACAGCAGGCCAAGCAGCAUCAGAGGAGCACGAAAGCUGAGAUCUCGGGCCUUGACCCCUCUUUAGAGAAAAAAAAUCCGGUUCCACACCUUGUUAUCUAUGAUCUGCAUGUCCUUGUUUUGUUAUGAUCUGACCGUACCACUCGCAAAACGAAAGCUUUCACUGACAACAAUAAUCAGAUAAAACCAAAACCAAACCAAAUUGCAACAUUUUCAAUUGUCCGUCAGCCGGGGAAUUUUGAAAUGGAAGCAAAAUACUGCGGAUGUGCCGGGCAUCUGAAGGAAGAAAAAAUGCAGGAGGGACUCAGCGGCUCUGUUCGAAGAGAGAAGCGAAUGACCGUUUCGAGCUCCUCGGACCUCAUUUUCGAAAUGUUCGCUUUCGGAACGUUCACACAGCAGUACCAUCACUACCAGUCUAAUGUGCGGAUUUUCAGACUGCAGCCAGACAAACCAAGUAAAGAACUUUCUGAACUGGUGAUGUUUCUGGCACAAGUUGCUCACUGUUACCCAACAGAGCUUGCUGACUUUGCCCAGGAAUUGAAAGACCUCCUUUUCUCACAUCACACAAUUCUGGACCCAGACUUGAGAAUGACGUUCUGUAAAGCUUUGAUUUUGUUGAGAAAUAAGAACCUCCUGAAUCCCACAAGUUUGCUAGAAUUGUUCUUUGAGCUCCUGAGGUGCCAUGACAAACUCCUACGAAAGACCCUCUACAUGCAUAUUGUGACUGAUGUGAAGAACAUCAAUGCCAAACACAAAAACAACAAAGUAAACACGAUUUUGCAAAAUUUUAUGUACACCAUGUUGAGGGACAGCAACCCUAUAGCAGCCAAGAUGUCCUUGGAUGUAAUGAUAGAACUGUACAAAAGAAACAUCUGGAAUGAUGCAAAAACUGUGAAUGUCAUUACGACAGCUUGCUUCUCCAAAGUGACCAAGAUUUUAGUUGGAGGUUUGAAAUUCUUUCUGGGUAAAGAUGAAGAUGAGAAGAAUGACAGUGAUUCAGAAUCGGAUGAUGAAGGUCCAACAACCCGAGAUAUGACCAUGAGAUAUUCAACGGCAAAGAAAACUACAAAAAACAAGAAAAAACUACAAAAGGCUUUGAAAGUCCUAAAGAAACAUAAAAAGAAGAGAAAAGCAGAAGUAUUUAAUUUUUCAGCUAUUCAUCUGAUUCAUGAUCCACAAGGUUUUGCAGAAAAACUUUUCAAGCAGUUAGAAGAUUCUAAGGAAAGAUUUGAAGUUAAGAUGAUGAUGAUGGAUCUAAUAUCAAGGCUAAUUGGGAUUCAUGAGUUAUUCCUGUUUAACUUCUACCCAUUCGUACAACGUUUCCUUCAACCACACCAAAGAGAUGUGACCAAGAUCCUUCUCUAUGCAGCACAGGCCACUCAUCAACUUGUUCCACCAGAGAUUAUCCAAACAAUGGUAAUGACUGUAGCAAACAACUUUGUCACGGACCGAAAUUCUGGUGAAGUUAUGACGGUUGGGAUUAACACCAUCAAAGAAAUAAGUGCGCGAUGUCCACUUGCCAUCACAGAAGAUCUGCUCCAGGACCUUGUUCAGUACAAGACACACAAAGACAAAAACGUAAUGAUGUCUGCCAGAUCUUUGAUUCAGCUUUUCAGAACAAUGAACCCUCAGAUGUUGCACAAGAAAGACCGGGGCAAACCUACAGAAGCCUCAAAGGAAGCUAAAUGUCAUGAAUAUGGUGAACUGGAUUCUAAAGACUACAUUCCAGGUGCAGAAGUGCUAGAAGACAAGGGUGAAGAGGAUGAUGGUGGAUGGGAGAGUGCAAGUUCAGUUGAGGAGGAGGAUGAUGAAGAUGACGAAGGCUGGAUUGAUGUUCAUCAUUCUUCAGAUGAAGAGCAGCAGAGAGAGAUGGUAGAGAAUUUGAGUUGUAUACCUCCAGAAGCACGGAAAGCCAAAGCUGCGAUCGUUAGUGCUAGCCGGGUACUAACACAGGAAGAUUUCAAGAAAAUCCGUCUUGCCCAAGUGGCUAAAGAAAUUGAUGCUGCCCCUGGCAAAAGUCAAAAAAGGAAAAUUGUUGAGGAUGACUGCGAUGAAAGCAGUUUCAGAGGGGAGCACCUUUCACUGCGAAAUAUAGAACGUCUACAUAAAAAACCUAAAUCAGACAAAGAAACUCGAUUAGCAACAGCAAUGGCAGGAAGAUCUGAGAGAAAAGAAUAUGUGAAAAAGAGAAACAAGCUGAACCCAUAUGCUAGCACAACCAACCAGGAUAAGAAAAAGAAGAAGAAUUUUAUGAUGAUGAGAUACAGUCAUAAUGUGAGAUCAAAAGGCAAACGGUCAUUCAGAGAAAAGCAGAUUGCUCUGCGGGAUGCUCUCUUGAAGAGAAAAAAACACUCGAAAUGAAUCCAGACAAUUUAGGACACUUCCAGAAUUGUAUUAUUUAAGAUCAAAAUAUGGAUGUUACAACAAAAACAAAAGUUCUCACUUUGGACGUUAAUUCUGAAGCCUUGAAUAUAUUCUGUUCCUUAAUAUAAUUGUUGUACAGUAACUGAU